AUGUUACCUAAAAUUGAGAAGUGGAAACAAAGUAUAAGGAAAAAUACCAGGGCAUUGGGAAAAGCUACGUUGGAGCUACGGGAAAGCGAGGUGGAGACCGCAAAAUUGGUAAUGAUUGCGAAUUUGCGCAUUGGUACUGAAAAGCCUAAGAUAUGCCAAAAAGCGUUUGUAUCCUUCUACAACAUUUCUAAAAAAAGGGUGGAGCUUAUAGCAAGUCAUAUCGGCUUUGAAGAGGCAUUAUUUCCAAGAAAAUACUCAAGAGGUCGACAUGGAAAGAGGCCAAACAUUAUUUUAGCUGAUUUACUUGCUCAAAUAGAUACCCAUAUCAAACAUUAUCCAAGAAGAACUUCUCACUACAGCACGAAAAACAAAUUAAAGCGUUAUUAUUUAUCACCAGAACUAAAAUGUGAGAAAAAUGUAAAAGUAUUUCAAGUACUAGUGCAAAUACCGAAGGUGAAAGACUCAGGCCAAAAGUUUCUUAUGAAUUUUUUUACCGAUAUUUUAAAGCAAACUACAACAACUUCUCGUUUGGGAAUCCUGGUAGUGACACAUGCCAAAAAUAUGACUUCGAAAACCAAAUUAAAAACAAAAACUUAUCCAAUGAAGAAAGACUGGUUAUUGAAAAUGAGAAGAAGCGAACAGUAUCAUAUCACAAAACAAAAUAGCCGCAUCCCUUUAAAACCAAAUGCGUCGUCAUAUAGUUCACCCUUACCAUUAAAAGAAAACAAACUUGCAAAUGUAAUGUUAUUGGCAAAGAAGUAUGUACCACAAGUUGACUAUUUAGUAUUUUAUCAAAACCUGAAGACAGAUGCUGCUCCUGACGAAGGCGAGACUGAUGUUACAGACGAUGAAGAUCAGCACUAA